AUGACUGAAAAUGCCAUUAGAGCUGGCAGAGCCAAAAGCUGCACAAUGGUCAACGUAAAUGAGAUCGUUCCACAUGAUGACAAUGAACACUUGAUCGUCAGAUGCGAUUGGCAUGCAGCGAUAGGCUUUCUCGACAUCAUUGACACAUACUUGCGCUCCAGGAGGGGAGUUGACCAGCAAAAGUAUGCAUUGGGUAAAGGUGCCCCAUUUAGUAAGAAAGUCAUCUGGAUCAAUCUUGGAGUUGACAGAGGGUAUCACGGGGUCGUCGUUACGUGGGUAAAAGAGAUCUUGAAUGAUGCAGAAGACAUCCGGGCUAUUCACCUUAGGAACGGUGCCAAGAGGGGAGGUGAGGCAGGAAGAAACACCCAAGCAAAAACCAUCUCGGAUACUGAUGGGAACAUCACUGAAAUCAUCGAGGCAGCCUGCUGCUGUAAGCUCCUCCAACCAUGCAUCCCAGCACAGAGGAGUGACGAUGGCUCACACAUCACUGCUGAGGUUGAAUUGGAAGCACAGGUUGAUUCCCUUGGGCGUGACGAAUUUGCCAUUACGGCACUGCAUGAAGGGAGCGCAAACUGGUUGCAGCAGCACCCCCCUAUCCAGAGUCCCAGGCAGGCCUGGCCUCAUGGCAAGGUUCUGAGUGCUCACGAAAGGAACAAGAGGGCACUGCAGCAGCACCAGCCACCAGAAGAGCAGGUCAUAGACAUAACCUGCCUGGUUGUGGGUGCCCAUGUUAAAGCCGGUCACACAUUCCUCACGAAUGUGGGAGUAGAGGCCGGCUUGCCACAGAGAGGGCAUGACAGCGACUCCAUUAUGGUGUUGGCGCUGGAUCAUGAUAUCGAGGGUGAUGUACGUGCCAGUUCGCUCAGCCCAGUCGAAACGGCUGAUGAUAAGACUGAAAUGGGCUUCAAACUCGUCUGCGAGAUGAACCUUCCCUUGCCCCGGAUAGUGUGCAUGAAUGAGAGAAAGGUAGCAUGGGCCUCAUUUGUCAAGGCCGUGAGCGGAUCGAGCUCCAUGGGAACAUCAGGAAAGUCAUGCGGUGACAGCUUGCAAGGGCCAAGAGGCACAGCGGUUGAGAGUGCAGUAGCAAGAGGGGCUGUAGAUAACUCAAGGAAAAGUGAAUGGCAAGAGAGACCCGAAGGGGUCAAGGAGUGCAUGGGCAGUGCAGAGGCAACUGCCAGCAAUGGUGAGGAUGAAACAAAUUUUGGGACAAGAGGUGCAGGGGCACAAGAAGGAGAGAGGCGCGAGGGUGCAAAGAGAUGA